GUGAUGAAACGUCUUAUCAUUCAUAAGGAGCAGCUCUGACACGACUUGGGACUAUUCAUUUAGCUCUCGAUGUAACGCAGCGGCUGGAAACACACAAACAAGUGACUGCAGGUUAACCAGCAAUGUCAGGCAGGUAAAAACUGCGCAAUUAAAUCCGCCGAAAUGAGCGACAGAGGCGAAAUGAAAGGGCCCGCAACCCGCCGGAGGAGAACGACCAUCUCCGGUAGCGGAGGCGGAGCGGUAAACAAAGUCAACGGGAGCAAGUGGCACGAUGCCGGGGAGAAAUCCCCACAGUACUCCGCUAAAGGCAAAACAUACGAGGUGUCUGGGCAUGUGAGUAAUAACGGGAAGGUGAACAGAGAGGCGGACAAAGAGAUGAUAACCAGUCCGAGGAAACAGAAGACUGUGGUGGAAGAUUUUAACGAGAGACUCAGCUGUCACGUCCUCCAGGAGUCUCUCUUGAGUUCGGCCAGUGGCUACAGCAACUACAGAGGAAUCCUCAACUGGUGUGUUGUCAUGCUGGUGCUAAGUAAUGCCCGUCUCUUCCUAGAGAACAUUAUAAAAUAUGGUAUUUUGGUGGACCCUAUCCAAGUAGUGUCUCUCUUCUUAAAGGACCCCUAUAGUUGGCCGGCACCUUGCCUCAUCAUCGUGUCGAAUGUGUUCAUCUUAGCAGCCUUGUACACAGAGAGGCGCCUGGCUGUGGGCACCAUUUCCCAAAUGACGGGACUGAUUCUUCACUUUUUUAACCUGACAUCGUUGUUGAUUUUCCCUUCAGCCACUGUGCUCACUGUGACCUCCAUGACCCCAGUGGGUGGUGUGCUCUCCCUUAUCAUCUACACAGUGCUGUUUCUCAAGCUGUACUCCUACCAAGACACCAACAGGUGGUGCAGAGAAAUCAGACAAGCGAAAGCCAAGAGACUAACACGAUCAUACUCAUGUCCAUCUGUGGCACAAUCCAACGGUUCAGCAGUUCAUACUCAUGUCUCCUACCCAGGCAACCUCACCCACAGAGACAUGUACUACUUUGUCUUUGCUCCAACUCUCUGCUACCAGCUCAACUUCCCUCGCUCACCUCGAAUACGCAAAAGGUUUCUGAUGAGAAGACUUUUUGAAAUGAUUUUCUUAAUGCAGCUGUUAGUGGGAUUGAUACAGCAGUGGAUGGUUCCCACCGUACAGAACUCAAUGAAACCAUUCCAGGAAAUGGACUUUUCUAGGAUGGUGGAGCGUCUCCUUAAGUUAGCUGUCCCUAACCAUCUGAUAUGGUUAAUAUUCUUCUAUUGGUUUUUCCACUCUUCUAUGAACUUUGUGGCAGAGCUGCUGCAGUUUGGAGACAGAGAGUUCUACAAAGACUGGUGGAACUCAGAGACUGUCACAUAUUUCUGGUCCAACUGGAACAUCCCAGUUCACAAGUGGUGUCUGAGACACUUCUAUAAGCCGAUGUUGAGGAAGGGGAUCAACAAGUUUUUUGCUCAGUGCGCCGUCUUCCUUGUGUCUGCCUUCUUCCACGAGUACCUGGUGAGUGUUCCUCUGAAGAUGUUCAGACUCUGGGCCUUCAUGGGAAUGGCAGCUCAGGUGCCACUGGCUUGGUUUGUGGGUCGAUACCUGAAUGGAAACUAUGGCAACGCUGCUGUGUGGAUGUCACUCAUCAUUGGCCAGCCUGUUGCUGUGUUGAUGUACGUCCACGACUACUAUGUCAUUCAUUACGGGACCACUACAUAGUACCGGACAAGAACACACAUGUUCAAUAAGUCACACACAUAAACAUGUACAAAUCAUGUACACACACACCAGCCUGCAGGACAACUAAACGACUGACUGUAGAGUGAGUUAAGGUUACUUUAUUUGGAAACUCUGCUAAUAGGAAUCUGUCAGUGAGAAGCAGCAACAGCAGGAAAAUUGUUUUUGACUUGUUGAGUUUUGCACUAAAGAGAAAUGAGUUGGAGGAAAUUUUCCAACAGCAUGAGAAGUGCUCCCUUUAAAGAGGCAAUCCACUUAGCAGACCUUCUGUAGUCAGCCUCCAGUAUUAACAAACGUCGGGUGUCACAGUCACCACCUGCUCUUAAUAUCUGUAGCCAGCACGUUUCAGCUUCAAACAAAUGAUCCUGGAACCAAGGUGAAAUCACACUUGGAUCUCCGUUAUUGGACUUGAUCCCUGACUGUCAGAUUUGUUAGAAGUAUGACUUUUAUCUUGAGUAGAUUUUGCUAAACAAAAGUGAAUGUGGCGUCGAGGUUUCCUAGAGUGACUACUAUUGUUGGUUUAUGAUGUGCAAUUUCUUAAAUUUUAAAGUGGAAACACUGCAUAACCAAGCACUCCUCGAGUUGUGGAAAAUGCACGGAUCUUUAUGCGUAACAAAUGUGAACCACUGCCGAGCGAGCACAAGCCAGAAGAGGAUCCUGCCACUGCACUUGCACUGCAUCUGAAAAUGUUUCUUUUAUUAUGAGCUUAUAAAUCACUUUUUUUUCCAAAAGGCAAUAUAGAAAUUUUGAAGCUUAACAACUUCCGUAAGCUAGGACUUAAAAAUUCUAAUUGAGGAUGUCUGCAGGUCUUCGAAUUGACCGGACUGAGCUUUUUUAAAUACAUCCUGUACCCCUUUCUUUAUGAUGCAGUGCAGUUGUUGAGUAUUAUAGAGGAGAAUAAGCUAAUAAGUGAAGGAGAAGCUGUAAAAGGACGUUUUUGUGACCACAUGUGGACCUCCAGGCAGCCUCUUCUCUUCUGUCGCUCAUCUCCAAACAUUAAUGCAAGCUCUCGUUAGUGUAACAGUACAUGCUACAGGUGUAUUUGUCUUGAUGUCAGUGUCUUUUUGUGUGCUGCAUUUGACUCAUCAGCUUAUACUUUGUAUAAGUUUAAGUGUCUGUUGUGCCAAAUUAUGAUUUUUGUUUUCUUUUAAAUGAUUUAAUGCAGUAGCUGAUUUACUGAUUUGAACCAAUGAAUGUUAUUUGCACUUUAAAGCGUUGCAUGCUGUUGACUAAAGCAAUAGAUUUCUAUAAAUGUAUUCUUUAAGUUAUAUCAGUUGAGUAAGCAAAAUAUGUUUUGUAAAAAUUAUUUGUAUUUUUUGUAAUUUGCAUGUUGACAUUUUGUUGUGGUAUAAGGGUUGCCUCAAUUUCAGUUUAUUUUAAAGUAAGACAGCAGCCGCAGUGGUAAAAAUGAGAGUUUCAAACAGCCAUUUCCUGCCAGAAGUUUUUUUUCAGUAUUUAAAUUCUAAAGACUAUUUCUUAGUUUGAACUGAUUUAAGUUAAGUUGCCAUUGUGGAUGUUGCCAUAUAUUAGUCAGACUUUGUGUUAUUUUAUAUUUUUUUGUUUGUUUAAUCUACUUCCCGAAUACACAA